ACCUCACAGAAAAGAAAUAAAACCCAAAAUAAAAAUAAAAAAAGAAGAGAGAGAUGAACGAACAAUGAGAAAUCUGAAAUUAUAAUGAUAAUAAUUAUGAUGAUGAUGAAGAUGAUGUAGUUAUACAUACAAUAGCUAUGUUCUGCUGCUAUGUUACUCUUGUAAUACCUACACUCUCCCUCCGUCUUAAUCUCUCUCGUUCAUUUUGCUGAUCUCUCUCCCUCCCUCCCUCUCUCUCUCUCCCUCUCUCUCUCUCUCUGUCUGUCUCUGUCUGUCUCUCCCUCUCUCUCUCUCCGCCUCACACAACACAGUCUCUCCCGCUAUAAGUGAAAAUGAACGGAGGAGAUGGAGAUGUGACGGCAGCUCCGGCGGGGUCACUGGACUGGAAAUUCUCUCAGGUGUUCGGUGAACGAACUGCCGGCGAAGAAGUGCAAGAAGUUGAUAUUAUAUCAGCUAUUGAGUUUGAUAAAUCUGGCCACCAUCUGGCUACUGGUGACCGUGGUGGUAGUAGAGUGGUUUUAUUUGAAAGGACUGACAUGAAAGAGCAUGUUGGAAGUCGAAGGGAUAUGGAGAGGAUUGAUUACUCAAAUAGCAAGCAUCCGGAAUUUCGUUACAAGACUGAGUUUCAGAGUCAUGAGCCUGAGUUUGAUUAUCUUAAGAGCCUGGAAAUUGAGGAGAAGAUCAACAAAAUAAGAUGGUGUCAAGCAGCUAAUGGGUCCCUCUUUCUUUUGUCAACUAAUGACAAGACAGUCAAAUUCUGGAAGGUUCAAGAGAAAAAGGUCAAGAAACUCUCAGAGAUGAACCCAGAUCCUGCCAAAAGUUCUGAGAAUGGCAGUUCUACUCGUUCAAGUGUUUCUUCAGGCCAUCUAUCGAAUGGAGAUGAAUUUUCUUUUCCACCUGGAGGGAUUGCAUCCCUACGUUUUCCAGUGGUAUACAGCAACGAGAGUAGUAUUAUGGCAAGAUGUAGACGAGUAUACGCCCAUGCACAUGAUUAUCAUAUCAAUUCCAUUUCAAAUAACAGUGAUGGAGAAACCUUUAUUUCAGCUGAUGACUUGCGAAUAAACCUUUGGAACAUGGAAAUUAGUAAUCAAAGUUUUAAUAUCGUGGAUGUGAAGCCUACAAAUAUGGAGGAUCUUACUGAGGUAAUAACAUCGGCAGACUUUCAUCCUACCCACUGUAACACAUUAGCUUAUAGUAGUUCAAAAGGAUCAAUUCGUCUUAUUGAUUUGAGACAAUCUGCUUUGUGCGACAACCAUUCUAAACUGUUUGAGGAACCGGUGGCACCUGGUUCAAGAUCAUUUUUCACUGAGAUAAUUGCUUCUAUUUCUGAUAUCAAAUUUGGGAAGGAGGGAAGAUACAUAUUAAGUCGUGAUUACAUGACAUUGAAGUUAUGGGAUAUUAAUAUGGAUUCUGGACCAGUCUCAACAUUCCAGGUUCACGAGUAUUUAAGACCCAAGCUCUGUGAUUUAUAUGAAAAUGACUCCAUCUUUGACAAAUUUGAGUGUUGCUUAAGUGGUAAUGGACAGCGGGUUGCAACUGGUUCUUACAGCAAUCUAUUUCGUGUGUUUGGGACCGCUGAGGAUAGUACAGAAGCAACCACACUGGAAGCUAGCAAAAAUCCAAUGAGGCGGCAAGUUCAGACUCCCUCAAGGCCUGCUAGAUCCCUAGGCAGCAGUAUAUCACGUGUUGUUAGAAGAGGGGGCGAAAGCCCAGGUUUGGAUGCAAAUGGAAACUCAUUUGAUUUUACAACGAAGUUACUCCACCUGGCAUGGCAUCCAAGUGAAAAUUCCAUUGCUUGUGCUGCUGCAAACAGCUUGUAUAUGUAUUAUGCAUAAAUAUGGAUCUUGACAAAAAUGUGGCAUUACGCAUGAAUUAAUAUUCAUGACUUCUCCCUGCCAAAAAAAAAUUAUUCAGGACUACUGAUGGAGAAGGCCGCUUCUGAAUAUCUGGAGGCUUGGUUUAUGCAGUCUCGUAUAUGUAAAAAAUCCCUCAGUGUUGAAGGUUCAGAAGGUUGGCUAUCAUAAACAUCUGCAAAGAACUUGUAACAGUAAUCUAUCCUCUUCCUGUUUAUUUCUUUACCGGUCUGUCCUCUUACAUCUGUUUUAUCACCUUUCUAUCUUUUGUUUCGAAGGAAAGAUGUAGUUGUUUCCCUAUUGUGUUUAUUCAAAAUCGAGUAGAAAGGAAACGUAAAGUGGAGAAUGUUGUUACUCAUAGUUGCCUUUAGGGUCAGGGCGAAUGUAAUUUUACAAGUCUCGGGAAGAGCUGGUGCAAAUUUGCAGGCCUCUAGCUUCUGAAGUUUCUCUGUAACAAAUUAGGAUAAUUAUAAACUCUUUUUGUUAUAGGUUUUGUUUCAAGUAAUUUUUUUGGUAAAGCUGAUUUAAACGAUUCUGGCUGUUGGGUUAGAAUUUUUUGUGGAUCUUCGGGAUGCUUUGUAUUGGAUAUUUAAAUAUUUUUUAAUGA